AUGCUGCUUGGCACCAACCAAGCCUGCCUGCCUUUGCGCCUUGGUUCUGCCUUCUCGACUUUUCUGCCUGCUGUCGACCUCAGUCAGUCACUCAGUCACUCAGUCACUCAGUCACUCAUCCCUUCGACGGCGACAUCUUCUUCUAUUCCUUGGACCACUGCCAAUGCCAGUGCCAGUACCAGAUCCAUUCGACCUCUCCAUAUUCACAUCGCCCUUGAUCGACUCUCCCUCCCCGACUCUCAUUUACCCCUACCACCUCCGCUGCCGCGCAAUCCUUUUCCCUCCUCGGCGCCUCCUUCUCUUUCCAAGACUUUCUUGCCAACUCUCCCUUUCGACACCACCACCACAACCACCACCACCAACACCAACAUUCGGAAACAUUGCUGGACAACGUUACGAGCCCCCAAGUUCCCCGCCGACGACCGCCUCACACCAUUAUCUCCACCACACGGUCCCCAGUUGGGCGGAGUGGAUGAGAGGGCAGGGCCUCGGCGGCCGCUACGUGUCACUGUCAAUUCUGGCAGCGGAGGAGAUAUACUGGGACCAAUGGAGUCCAAUAGCCCUGGAUCAGUUCAAACUCCAGCAACGCCUAGUCUGUCAAGAAGUCUGCUGCCAGCACCCAGAAACACGGCUCUUCCCACAUCCCGGCUCUCGGUCGCGCCCACCACAAAUGCUAUGUAUGGCUCAGGAGGAUUAGAUUCAACCGACUCGCUACUGUUACCACCGAAAAUGCGCUCAAGGAUGUACCGAGACUCUCCAUCAGAGGGACCUUCUCGCACGCCAUCUGGAAUGUCCUCUAGAAGAUCGAGUUGGAAUUCAGACACACCAAGUCACGACAGUCGGGGCUUUGCUGCUCCUGCUGGUUUUCCAUUCCCAUCCCCAUUUGAGGAUCCGAGAGCUCCCUCGCGAGCUGGUAGCGACGAUGAUAAUAUCAAUACACAAACCGUUUCCGAGAAGUACAACAUCAUGCCCUCGGCUGGGUUACUCCUCUUCCCAGAAGAUGUAGAGAAGGAUGAUUAUCUGCACAACCCGGGACCGGACGACAACGACCGGGACAGGUGCGAUAUCUGGAACAAGAGAGGAAUGGCGAACGUAGGAGGCUUGGUCCUAAUUACUGCUGCGAUCUUGGUACUCUUCGUUGGGUACCCCGUAUUGUCAUUCUCUCGAGAUAUCAUUGCUGGUCCUAAAUCAAGCUGUGCCCGAAAUCCAGAUUGUCUAUCAGACCAGCUGCCAUUACUCAAGAAUCAGAGAGUAGGCCUUAUUGAUCCUGAUACCCCAGACGAUGCCAAGACGGUAACUUCACAUGAUGGGACGAAAUUAAAGCUUACGUUCUCUGACGAGUUUAACACCGAUGGACGAACCUUCUACGACGGAGAUGAUCCCUACUUCCAGGGCGUUGACAUUUGGUAUGGUGUUACGCAGGAUCUCGAGUGGUACGACCCAGAUGCAAUAACUACGGCCAAUGGAACCUUGAACCUUCGUUUCGAUGCUUUCCAAAAUCACAACCUCAACUACCGCUCUGGCAUGCUGCAAUCCUGGAAUAAGCUCUGCUUCAAGGGGGGCCGAUUGGAAGCAAGCAUCUCGCUGCCUGGCCGUGGAGAUAUCCAAGGUUUCUGGCCGGGCUUUUGGGCUAUGGGCAAUCUUGGUCGGCCUGGUUAUCCCGCAACUACGGACGGCAUGUGGCCAUAUAGCUAUGAUCACAAGUGCGACGCAGGAAUCACGGCCAACCAAAGUUCUCCUGAUGGCUUGAGCUUACUCCCCGGCAUGCGACUCCCAGCGUGUACUUGCAAGAACCAGGACCAUCCCAACGCCGGGUACUCCCGUUCUGCGCCUGAAAUCGAUGUUAUUGAGGCCAGUUCGGGCUUCAUGGGUCCUGGGGAAUACGACGCUGCUGUAGGUACAGCAUCUCAGUCUCUGCAGAUUGCUCCAUUCGAUAUCUUCUACCAGCCGGACUACGAUUACCUGGAGAUCUAUGAUGUGGCCAAUACUGGCAUGAACAUCUAUCGUGGUGGACCGUACCAGGAAGCUCUCUCUGCCGUGACUUGGCUCAACAACGACUGGUACGACGGGAAGGCGUAUCAGAAGUACGGCUUCGAAUACACCCCUGGAACCAAUGGCGAUGUCUCUUGGUUCGUUGGAGAUCAGUACACCUACAAGGUAGACCCUCGAUCUAUUAGGCCGAACGGAAACAUUGGUCAAAGAACAAUCCCUGAAGAACCCAUGUCUAUCAUCAUGAACUUUGGCAUGUCCAACAGUUUUGCGACGGUGUUCUUGCAUAACUUGGCAAAGUUAAUGCCGGCGACUAUGAGGGUCGAUUACAUCCGGAUUUAUCAGGAGGUAGGUUCAGAGUCAAUCACUUGUGACCCCGAAAAUUUCGAGACGACCGAAUACAUCAAACGACACCCAGAGCCUUAUGCCAACCAAAACCUCACGUUGUGGAAGGAGACAAACUACACAUGGCCAACAAACACCCUCGUCAACGGAUGUACAGCCUGA